GGGAGCCGAGUUAGUAAGCUGCAGGCAAAGGUUCCGAUGCGUCUGUUUGUAGUGCUGAGUGUUUGUGUGGCGUUGGCUUCCGCCGGAGGUUACGGCGGUGGAGGCGGAGGUGGUGGCGGUGGACACGCCGGGGCAUCCGCUUCCUCGUCCGCUUCUGCCGGUGCGAUUGGCGGCGGCGAUGGAGGCGGCAAGCUCGGCGGAGGUUAUGGUGGUGGAGGACACGGUGGUGGAGGACACGGAUCUGGCGGCUUCGGCCCUGGAGGUGAUUUAGGAUUUGGAGGUGGCGCUGGUGGAGGAGGACCCUUCACAGGUGGCCAUUUGGGCGGAGAACCUAUUUACGUCGGCCAUUCUGGAGGCGGAGGCUCAAUCGUUGGCGGUCCAAUCGGAUCAGGUGGCCAUUCCGGAGGAGGAAUCGGAGGCGGUCCUGGAUUCGGAUCAGGUGGCUAUUCUGGAGGAGGUGGCCAUUCUGGUGGAGGUGGCGGAAUAGGUGGCGGCCCUGGAUUCGGAUCCGGUGGCUAUUCUGGAGGAGGUGGCCAUUCUGGUGGAGGCGGUGGAAUCGGCGGUGGUCCUGGACACGGUGGAGGAAUUGGCGACGCCGGAAGCUCUGCAUCAUCUUCAGCUGGAGUGAUUGGCGGAGGUCACGGCGGCGGACCAGGUGGAGGAAUCGGAGGAGGAGGCUUUGGCCCUGGCAUUGGAGGCGGUAUUGGAGGCUUUGGCCCCGGCAUUGGAGGCGGAUCCGGUGGUGGACACUUUGGAGGUGGUCUAAGCCACAAGAACAAAGGCCACGGAGGCGGUGGAGGAUUCAAAGGUGGAUACGGUGGCGGCGGUGGCGGCUACGGACCUGGAGGCGGCUUCGGAGGCGGACCAGGAGGUGGUGGUGGCUACGGAGGUGGCUCCGGAGCCUCUGCCUCAGCCAGUGCCAGUGCUUCAGCAGGAGCAGGCGGCGGCUAUCAUGGCUAGUCUGGUGAACCAAAUGCCCAAUAUACCUGUAAUUCUCCCAGUGGCUUAAAGUAUUACAUCAAUCCCAAUCAAAUAUAGUUUUUGUACUCAACAA